CACCUACUGUUACUCGCACUGCAUGUGAGGUGUGACUGCAGCUGAGAGGGUGGGACUUCAUUCUUGUCUCCAAACCAGACUCAGACCAGUUUUCAAAGUGCUCGUUGCCAUCUCGUGUGCGUGACUACAAGUAACCGUCAACAUGCCCGAGACUGCAGAGUCACACGCCGUCGCCCUCACCACCAACCGCAACUGUGUCAUGGAGAUCACCAACGUCAGCUCCGUCUACUGUCUCGUCAACCCAAAGGUGCACAUGGAAAGCGGCUUCGUCUUCAGCCCUCCACAGCCGACCGUGCGCACCACCAAGACCGAGGUGUGCUCCUUCACCAAGGACGACAACACGGCGUCGGGCGCCGUGGGCGUCCUGACCUAUGAGCUGUUCGACAUGCGCAAGCGCCACUGCAACGAGCUGAUCGCCGUCAUGUUCUCCGUGCCGUUCGAUUAUAACUUCUACAAGAACUGGCUCGGGGUGGGCAUCUUCGAGCACACGCACGCCUGCGAUGACAAGCUGUACGACCUCAUGUACAAGGGAAAGGAUUUCACCAACUUUGUGCGCCACGAGGCCGACGGCUCGGGGGUGAAGUACCAGGGAAGGGCCGUGGACGUGAGGGCCUGCAUGUCCGACGAGGGGAGGGCUAUUGUUAAACUGGAGGUGUAUGACAGGAUGGGCUGAUGAGUGUCUUUGUAAUGCUGCGAGAAUGAAAACCUCAUUGUCAUUUAUUGUCACGUGUCGAUGCUUUGAAUGAAUAAAAAAUCAUGAG